GAGCGUCUCGCGAACAGUAUGGGAAUAGAGGAAUUGAUCCAAACGUCAUGAGAAGAUAUCGAACGAUCGUGCUACUCGCUGUGUUAGCCCUGCUCUGCAUUCACGUGCAAGCCCACGUGAACAGAGUCAGGCGACACUCCGGAUUUUACUAUCCUACUGAUCUAGCGAAAGCUCUUGCGAAUCCCUACGGAGGUUCCGGUGGUGGAUUCGGUGGUGGAUUUGGAGGCGGAUUCGGUGGCGGAGGCGGCGGUGGUGGCGGUGGUGGAGGAGGGUUCGGCAGCGGAGGCGGUUUCGGCAGCGGCGGCGGCUACGGUGGCGCAAAAGGCGGUGGAUGUAGUACCGGGAGCUGCGGUGCAGGUUCGGGGGCAGGCGGUGGUCACGGUGGUGGCGGAGGUCUCGGUGGAGGUCUCGGUGGAGGUCUCGGUGGAGGCCUCGGUGGUGCCGGAGGUCUCGGUGGAGGCGGAGGUCUCGGUGGUGCCGGAGGUCUCGGUGGUGGCGGUGGCCAUGGAGGCGCCGGAGCUGGAGGUGGUGCCGGUAGCCACGGAGGCGCCGGAGCUGGAGGUGGCGCCGGAGCUGGAGGUGGCGCCGGAGCUGGAGGUGGUGCCGGUGGAUACGGAGGCACCGGAGCCGGAGGUGGCGCCGGUGGAUACGGAGCUGGAGGUGGUGGACACGGAGGUGGUUCCGGUGGAUACGGAGGUUCCGGGGCUGGGGGUGGUGCUGGUGGAUACGGAGGCACCGGAGCCGGAGGUGGCGCCGGUGGAUACGGAGCUGGAGGUGGUGGACACGGAGGUGGUUCCGGUGGAUACGGAGGUUCCGGGGCUGGGGGUGGCGCCGGUGGAUACGGAAGCACUGGAGCUGGAGGUGGAAAAGGUUGCGGUGGCGGCAGCUGUAGUAACCUUGGAUCUGGCAGCGCAGGAGGAUACGGGGGAGCAGGAGGUGGGGGUGGCGCCGGUGGUUAUGGAGGCACGGGAUCAACUGGAGUAACAAAAACUGGUGGUUACGGUGGAACAGGUGCAGGUGGUGCCGGAGGAUAUGGUGGAGGCGGUGCCGGAGGGCACGGUGGAGGUGGAGGAUAUGGUGCUGGCGGAGGUGGAGGUGGUGCUGGAGGAUACGGCAGUGCCGGAGGUGGAGGUCUCGGUGGUGCAGGAGGAUACGGUAGUGCCGGAGGUGGAGGUCUCAGUGGUGCAGGAGGAUACGGUAGUGCCGGAGGUGGAGGUGGAGGUGGUGCCGGAGGUGGAGGUCACGGUGGUGCAGGCGGAUACGGCAGUGCCGGGGGUGGAGGUCUCGGUGGUGCAGGAGGAUAUGGCGGCGGAGGUGCCGAUGGAUAUGGCGGUGCAGGAGCAGGAGGCCUGGGUGGUGCUGGUGGAGGACAUGGUGGAGCCGGUGGCCUUGGAGGUUAUGGUGGCGGCUGUCCUGCUGGCGGAUGUAAAGGAGGUGCAAAUGCCAAUGCCAAUGCCAAUGCCCAUUCAAAUGCAAACGCCUUCGCAAGCGCGAAUGCUAACGCUCACGCUACUGGGAAUGCGCUUGCAAGUGCUUCCGCGUCAGCGUCCGCGAACGCUGGGGCUGGAUACGGUCUCAACGGUGGAUACGGGCCAGGCGGUGGCGGCGGUCACGGAGUCGAUCUCUUCAGCCGUAUGGGCGAUGUCGACGAAGGGGUGAACAAGAGCGGCACCGUGAACGGUGCAAAGGGUGUCUACAGCAGCAGCUCGGCCAAUCUCGAUUCUUCCGGGAAAGGAUCGUACAAAGUUGCAGCCGGGAAAGUCGUUUAAAUCGUCUCUUUUAUCGAAGAGUCGAUUCUCAACUUUAAGUCGAUUCAGAGUCUCAUCUGUGAUCAGCCGUAAAAAAUUUACGACUCAGAGGCUCGUGUGGGCCUCGACGAAACAUGUAUCCAUUUUUCCUUUUUCUAUCCUGACCUAGUCCUUUACAUCCAGAUGACAAAUAAAAUACACUGGUAUAUAUCCCGUCUUUUUGAAAAAAAAAGCAACUUCGUACGAUGUGAAGUUUGCAAACUGUUUCAAUAAACGAUUGAUCAUUAUAUACUUAUA